GACAGCUACAUAUUCACCAGAACUUCAUUAAGUGAAGAUGAAAGCAAGGUGGCUUUUCUCUCUCUUUUGUUUGCUCUCAGUGCCCAGUGUCACAGGCCAGACUGCAGUUGUCGUUACCCAGACAGAAGUGGUCCAUGCUCUGCCAGGUACUGACAUCUCCCUGAUAUGCAUGUUCCCAAAACUGCACAGCACCCACAUCAUACAGACACAGUGGUCCAAGACUGACAGCAGCUCCUCUGCCAAAAUAUCUGUAUAUCAACCCACCUAUGGCACCCAUUACUUACAGUUUUCUGAGGCUCCUUGAAACUUUUCAGUGUUCUUCAGCACAAGGGUGUGCUGCACUGGGGAUGACAGGUCCUUGUCUUCCACCAAUCCAAAUGCCGCGUCUGAAUGCAAUUGGUGGGUGCUGCAUCUGGAAAAUAUUAACGUGUCCCUUACUGGGCAGUAUGAAUGCACUUUUGCUACUUACCCAUAUGCAACAAAGGCCGCAAAAAUUCAACUUACUGUCAAGGCCGAAGAGGAGAUGCACUACCUGAAAAAAGUGUGGUUAAAGCAGACUUUAGAAAUUCUAUGCCUUGAGGAUGAGACCUCAGAAAAUUUGUCCACUUAUCCUUUGAAAUGGCUAGUGGAUGAAAAUGGGAGGAAAGAGGAACUUGUGACCAAGGAGCCCUCCAGUCCUGCUGUGUACAGGAACAGCAGGAUGCUGUACGGACAAAAAGUCCUCCUGGAUUUGAACAAUGCCCUAAAGGUUUUCCCCACAAAAAUCACUGAUGAUGGCAGAGUCUUUUACUGCCACGUGCUGUACCACCCAGAGAAAGUCCAGAAGAGCAGCACCACUGUGAGAGUAUUUGCUUACCCUGAGAUUUUCACUAGCCUGGAGGAGGGCUCAGCCAGUGCUGCCCCACAACCUAAUGUGAGCUGUAUCGUGAGGAAGGCAUUUCCCAAGCCAAGCCUCCUAUGGUAUAUGGACAGAGCGAGCCUGGAGUCUUUUCUUUUUUUUUUUUUUUUCUCUCCCCAAGAAAUUUCUGUGGUACAAGAAGACUUGCAAGAGAGCGAAGGUUUCUAUGAGUUGAGAUCACCUCUGAUGCUGCAAGGGACCCAUAAGAUUCAUAGGACAUUCUCAUGUGUGUGUCUGUUUCCCUUCCUGGGAAAUGAAACAAAGAAUAUUUCAUCACAAGAAAUAUUUGUUUCCCUCAACAAUAAUGAAGCCUCAGCUGAAGUUUUUACCACCACGGUUUCAGACGAGCACCAGUUGACAUCUGUGGCCUCUCUGGAUUUCGCAAGUCCAGCAAAUUUGACUCCUGCUUCCACAGCACAAGCAGGAGCGCUAACUUCUACCACAGAGGCAAAAGGCUAUACCAGUGCCACAGCAUGCAGCGAGACUUUGACAACAGCACGUAACCUGUCCUACAGCAUCACAGACCAGACAAUUUCAGUUACCAGAGGAAAAGAUUUCUUUCCUACCAGCAGCCCGCUGAGCAGUACUGGUGACAGAAGGAACACCAAAGCCAGUCACUUCCCCUGGCCAACAGUGAGGGAAAGUGUCCUACUCCUCCUCUGUAGCACUCUGGUAGCUUUAGGCAUCAGGAAAUGGUGUCAGUACCAGAAAAAGAUUAUGAACAGACCUCCAUCUUUUAAGCCACCGCCACCUCCAAUAAAGUAGACGGAUGGGACUCCCCCAUUCUGCCAUAAACUAGAAAACCUGUAACACCACCUGAACCCCUUGCGUAGCACACAGAAGACUGGCACAGUUAAAAGGCUCUGCCUUUGGAACAGUGGUUACAGGAGCUUGGUAGUAAUGACCCAUAUUAAAAUUCAGAGCUCCUACAUGACAUUAAUUUUGGAAGCUUAGCACUUCUUUGGACACUCCUUUCAUCCUGUGUAUCUCUGUGUAUGCACUACAUUCAUAGUACGUGUCACUGUGAGAUUACACAUGCUUAAUUUGAAUUGGGUGAUGAACUGAGAAUUUGCUGUCUCGUCCAUGGUAGCAGAUUAACAUAUGAGUCUGCCAGCCUAACUGAAGAGUGUUGAAGCUUGUCCAUCUAGUCAAUGUAUAGAGAUGACAACUCUACCAUAUGGACAUCACAGUUACACAGCAAACAGUGGCUGAACACAAGAUUUUGAGACCUACAUGAGCUGUUCUUGCAAUUAUUUAUUUUUAAUGUGGACUAAUAUAACCCAACAUAUAAUUUUCUAUCACUGUGAAACCAAAAGAAAGAAUCAGACAGAAAAUAACCUGCAUCUCUUGGCACAGGAUUGCAGCACUGGAUCAUUGAGGGUGGCUGGUGACAUGAAAGAUCACCAGCCCUGGAGCAAGUGUAUGCAAGGAAGUCCCAGUUGUCAUCGGUGAAGUCACAAGAAAGUCAAUUUUGGUCCAGAGACUUAAGGACUGAAGCAAGCCUAAAGUUAAUGGAAAAUUCUAGCCCUUUCGGAAAUGCUAUGCCUUUAAAAUAAUACUUACUUUUAAGUCUGCUUUUCAGGAAUUAAAUUUACAGUAUACGUGAAGGAAAAAAAAAAAGUAAGAAUUUUAUUUUUCUUUGGUCUUAAUGAGCUUCCAUCACAUGCUAUCUUCACAUUUUCCAAGACCUCAGGGGUAGUUUCCCAAGGGGCUUAAGCCUGUGAAAGAGAUGAUCCAGUCUUCCCCCUGUCCUGCCCAAGCUACAGAUUUCCUCAUAUUGGCACUAAUGAAUAAAUGAUGUUGCAGAGGGUGGGCUUGGCUCGGCCCUCUGCACAGCUCUCAGCCAGGUCAGAAUCUGUGUGAUCACCAGUGCAAGGCACCAGAGCUGCAGGAGGAGCACUGCUUUUGGCAGCAAUUGCAGUACCUUCAGGCAGCCAAUAAACCAUCCCUCCAAGCUUGUUUAGAAAUGUAUUGUUACCACAAUGGUAUUUCUGUAAUUAAUGCAAAUCAGCUAAAUUUCAAUUAUGUCAGGCUUAAAAUUGAUAUUCUGAUUUAAGAAUGGGAUUUGCUUUAUUUACUGCUAAACACUGGUCAAUGAGUGUCAGGGUUCAGAGCACUGUAUUUCCUGGGACUUUAGAUUAAACGAAUGGUUUACUGGAAAGAAUGAUCUAACAGACCUUUUUUAGAAUAUUUUGUUGUAUUAUUUUUGUUGUAGUACAAGCAGUUCUAAAUCCAUCCGUGCUGAACAGAAAACACUUAGUUUCCUACAAAACUAUACCGACUUUCUAUGCAUGGAAGGGUUGAUGUUAAUUUGAGCAUUUCUUGUCUGUGUUGUAGAAGCACAGUAGUUUAACUUUUGUCUUAUUACCCAUCACUGCAAAAGCAGGCAGGUUGUUGGCCUUAAAAACAAAUUGGAAAGAACCCACAAACAAACAAACAAACAACAAAAACAAAAAACCAAACAGAUGGAUAACAAUAUUCCAAGAUGUGUGGAGAGCCAGGACGUUCCUCCUUGUCAUUAGACGACGAUGACUGUCUGUAGCAUAUAGACCGAAGGAGGCUAUUUUAUUAUCUCGGGUUUUCUGAUCCCCACGGUUGCUUCUGGCUGGAGAUGUUCCCUCGGACCGUGAGCAGCGCUCAUGGAUGUCACCGCUUCCUGCGCACAUCCCCGAAGGCUGCUGCUGCAGUCUCUGCAAGCGGUGCUCCGCAGGGUAACGGUGUCCGGGAGAGCUGCCCUGGCUGGGGCGCUUCCAGCCUCUCCCGAGGGCUUUCCUCUCAAAUCCCUGCACCGGGACACCCGGGCGGGCCGCACUCCCGCUACUCACCAGUAGAUGGAGCCGCAGCACCGCGGCCGGCGGCGAGCGGGGCCGCUCCUGCCCCUCGUCCUGCCCCGGCCCUUCCCCGUUCCUGCCCCGACCUCCCCUUUCGUCCGUCCCCGUCCCUUUCCCGUUCCCAUCCCACCGGCAGCAGGGCGGCAAUGCGGCGGUGUACCUCCCCACCCCGGGGCGGAGGGACGGGCACAACGAGGGUGCCUGCCCUCCUCUGCCGGCUUCAGAGAGAGAACAGGGAAAGGGGCAGCCAACAAUUUGGGACCCGAGGGAGGAAAUACCCCCCGUGCCAGCCCCAUCCUCCUGGUUUUCUGCAGGUAAAUUUGGUGUAGGAUGGUUUAUGUUUCUGUUUGCCUCUAUCUGCCCCUCAUCGCGAUAAGAAUGGAAUAUAUCGUUUACUCGAUGUGAAAAAUGCGUAUUAUAUGGCUCUACGCAGAAAUUUACUGUAUGUAUUAUGUUGUAUUGAUUAGUAGUGUUGUAUUAACAUUUUAGUAGUAUGGUAAAUGUAGUUUUGUAGGUAAAAUGUAACUUUUGUGGUUAAAAUAGAAACUAUGUAUGUGGAAUAUUUUUUUAAAGAAAAGAAUUAGGUACUCGCACCAGACAGCAGCCACAGGACACCUAAAUCUUUCAGAGAAAGAGAAUUUAUUGCUCCAUUAUCAGAAGAAACGAACUUCUUCCCACCUUGCUCAGCCCUGAGGACACCAUUAGGACUCAGAGGAAGAAGCUGACACAGACCAGACAGAAUCCUUUGUUUGAAUGGAAUUUAUGCAUCAUGUAUGAGAUGUAUGAAUAUGCAAUGGGCUAUUGCUUUUAAGGGUUAAUCCUCUGUUAACGUGUGUCCUUUCUCAGGCUUGUUUUGCCCAGAAAGAGGUCCCGGACUGUUUUAUUGUCUCAUAUUGUCCUAAUCUCAAUUGUUCAAAAUUUUUUACUCUAAUUAUAUUACUAUUUUUAUAACCAUUUUAUUAUUAUUAAACUUUUAAAAUUUUAAAAAC